GUUCGGUAUUUGUGUGAGAUUAUUCGGAUAACACUGUCGUCGGUGGUUUAGUUAACUACACAGAAUUAAGUCUAAAUCAAACUAUUUCGCAUUUGGACAAGGUAUCGUGUAACAUGUCUUCAGCCAGGUGACAUUAUUUGGCUCAGCGAAUUCUUCGGAUGCCACCAAAAAGUGAACAGGCAUACACCCAUCGAGAGCUCAAUGAGUAAUGAACCCAUUUUGGAGCAUGUCAACAAACGCUGGUCGUAAGAGAUCUGACGGUGAGGAACAGGGUGGUCUAGGGGAGCAGAGAUCCAGUCCAGCUCGUCCUCCUUUCGGGAAAAAGCAGCUUCCCUCCAUCCCGAAGAAUGCCGUCCCAAUCACAAAAGCCGCCUCGCCAGCUUCCUCUACACAGUCUGCCAAUGGCACCCAUGCCUCAUACGGCCCUUUCUACCUGGAAUAUUCGCUGCUCGCUGAGUUCACAUUGGUGAUCAAGCAGAAGCUCCCUGGCAUCUAUGUACAGCCUUCAUACAGAUCAGCACUAAUGUGGUUUGGUGUGAUUUUCAUUCGACAUGGCUUGUACCAAGAUGGUGUGUUUAAGUUCACCGUCUACAUUCCUGAUAACUACCCAGAUGGAGACUGCCCUAGGGUUGUUUUUGACACCCCGGUUUUCCACCCUCUAGUGGACCCGGUCUCUGGCGAGCUGGAUGUGAGGAGAGCUUUCACCAAAUGGAGGCGAAACCACAAUCAUAUCUGGCAGGUCCUUAUGUACGCCCGCACAAUCUUCUAUAAGAUCAACACAAUGGAUCCGCUCAACCCAGAGGCUGCAGUGCUGUAUGACAAAGACAUCCAGCUCUUCAAAAGCAAGGUGGUAGACAGUGUCAAGCUAUGCAAUAGUCACCUGUUUGAUCAGCCCAAGAUAGAUGACCCUUAUGCAAUAAGCUUCUCUCCGUGGAAUCCAGCGGUGCAUGAAGAGGCAAAGGAGAAGAUGUUUGCACAUAAACGGCGGCCAGAGGAUUAUAACAAAGGACUACCAAUGUCUGGGCUGUCUUGGGUGAAGCCUGGUUCCACUCAGCCUUUCAGCAAAGAGGACAACCCCCUUCAGACGUGAACCUUCAGCGCCACAUAUAUAGAAUUCUGAUGCAGUUCUAUGAACUUCAUCUUCAUUCGCAAAACCCUUGCUCAGCUUUAAAAAUACUGUUUUAAACUGCUAUAAUGGCUUAAGAAUUACGUUCCCAGUAUAGAUCUAAAGACCCCACUCGUUCAUUUCAGUGCUGAGGCUUGAACGCACAGACGGUUCAGAGAUGGUUCUAGUCAGUACUGUUACUUGCACAUGUUAAUGUUUUCAGGCACAACAAAUCACCUCACUUAUGUGUCGGUCAUGCUCUUCUAAUUGGUUUUCCAACAAAUAAUUUGAUCGAUUUAAUACAUUUUCCCAUUAUUUUUUUUUUACCCUAAUAACUUGGUUAAUAAUUUUUCAUUUCAAACAUGCAUUUGCAGACUGGGACGGAACACUUUGUUUUUGUGUCUUGAUGUAUUUGGGUUGAGGUCGUUUUUUUUUUUUUUUUUUUUUUUUUUUUUUUUAAAUGUGUAAUAUCCUGUGUAUGAAAUAGUUUUAAUGUAAAAUACAGAGCAAGACAAAUGCUAUUCUUUAAGACACUAAGUUAAUCCUUAUUGUUCAGCAAUGUAAUUCACUUUUAUUGUGUCCUAACAGUUUGAUCUAAAUGGGUUUGAUGUGUAAAUAGUGGAGCAGUUCAAUGAAAUGAAUGGCCUCUGUAGAGUCCAUAACUCAUUUAUUUAUCUAGAAAUUUACGAUGGUUUAAAUUUUAGAAUUUUUUUUUUUAAGUUUGUUUUGGACGGUUUCAGUUAGAAUACUGACAUGAGCUCAGCUGUAUAUGUAUGUAUUUUUUUUUUUUUUUUUUUUUAAACUGUUAUAAGCAAAUAAAUGCAUAAACAAUGAAACUGGUCUGCUUUUGUAUUUAG